AUGCAUUUCUCAUUCCUCCGAGUCGUCGCAGUCGUUGCAGCUUUGACAAGAUCUAUGUCUGUCACCGCACAGUGUGCGAGCUCAGGCCAGGCUUGUGGCACGACCAGCUCGACAGGCCUCAUAUGCUGCGGUGACCUUUACUGUGGGCCUAUUGUGAGUAUGAGUCAUUCGCUUUGCAUCCAAAAUUCAACCCCACGACUCACCUUUGCGCCUUGUACCAAUAGCAAUCCGGUAAUUCUUCCACGUACUGCAGGGAACCUUGAAAGUCCAGAUGAGCUUGGCAAACUGAGCAUGUCACAAUAGUGAGUCUUAUCUCUUUCGCGUUGGCACAGUGCUUGAUCGCACGAUAUAUAGUUCGUUGCGGAGUUGAUGGAUGUGCUCACUUUUAUACAAAUUUUCCUGACGCCUCGACCAGAGUCCUGAAUAAAAUGCUGUAGCGUUGAUAGAAGACCUCGGGCUCAGGCCUCAUGCCAUUCGACUUGUGUA